CGCGGCGGUUGUUUGAAUUUCCUGUUCCUGGCGGUGCAUUGAGAGAUUCUGUUAUGGCUGAAGCAGGAGCUGAAUGGGAGCUGAGCAAAGAAAAUGUGCAGCCUCUGCGUCGGGGGAGACAAAUGUCCACCCUGCAAGAAGUUCUUUCCCAGCAAGAGAGUAGCAGUCAAACUAGUAUCCAGCAGCAGAAACAGAAUUUUGAGCUCGAAAUUCGAUUUUAUUCAGGUGAAGAUACCCUGGAUGUCUGGGACAGGUAUAUCAUAUGGGCCGAGGAGGCAUUUCCCCAGGGAGGAAAUGAGAGUAACUUGGCUCCGUUACUAGAGAGAGCUGUAAAGAUGUUUCACAAAGAGGAGCGCUAUUACGGAGACCUACGCUAUCUCAAACUUUGGCUCAAGUUUGCACACUUCUGCUCAGAACCAUUAGAUUUAUACAGCUAUUUACAUAGCCAAGGGAUUGGCAUUAACCACGCUCUACUCUACAUCACAUGGGCGGAGGAAAACGAGGCUCGAGGAAAUUACAAGAAGGCUGAUACCAUAUUCCAGCAGGGUAUCCAACUCAAAGCAGAACCCCUGAGCAAGCUGGAAGGUCAACAUCGGCAGUUUCAAGCCCGUGUCUCUCGCCAUAUUUUACAAGGACUUACAGAUGAAGUGGAUGUUGAUGAAGAUGAGAUCCAGGAGCCACAGCGCAGCUCCCUGGCAGAAUUGAAAUCGCGAGGGAAGAACAAAGCAAGAGCCCCAGUCAUCCGUGUGGGAGACGUAUUAAAACCUCGUAGCCAAAGCCGCAAUUCAUUGGCUGCCCCUCCACAGCAGGUCCCUAGCCGCUCUCGAUUUACAGUAUUUGAUGAGAAUUCUUCUGUUCAGCUGCCUGGAGAUCUCCCCUCCCUCACACCACAGCCAUGGGCAGCACCUCCACCUGCUAGGGCAAAGGAAAAUGAGCUGAAGGCAGGAGCCUGGAACACAAAAAGGUCCCGGGUUACAUCUGAUACGCCGCAGAGCUUUCCAGUGCCAAGUUUCACCCCCUAUGUGGAGGAAUCUGCAGAGCAACAGACAGUAACACCGUGCAAAAUUAAUCCCUCAAUCACCAGUGUCCUGAGUACCCGUAAACCUGGGAAGGAAGAAGACCCCUUGCAGCGGGUGCAGAACAAUACCCAGGAGAAGGAGGAGUGUAUGUAUUGCAAGAGCAAGGUCUAUGCAGGAGUAGAGGAGUUCUCCCUGGAGGAGAUCAGAGCGGAAAUCUACAUGGCAAAAUUGCGCAAGAAGCGAAAAGAGGAAAUGCAGGCCAGUGCUCUCCGGAGACAGGAGAUGGAGAGACAGAUUGAGGAGAUGGAGAAAAUGCUGAAAGUAAACACACAUCUUCGAAGGGAAGAGCUUGUGACAGAACAGCCAGAAUCCUGUAUGGUGAAUAGUGAGCCAUGUAAUAUGGGAGAAGCUGAACUUGGCUGUCAAGCAGCUGCUGCACAGCCAGAGAUGGAAACUCCAUUACAAACUGAAUUCCAGAAGCCAGGAGGAUCAGUUUUCUCUGCUUCUUCAAAAACAGGAUGUCUUUUGGAACAGAAUGUGCAGCAGGACCAGCCCUGCUCUUUGGGUUUCGCUUCUGAUACGCCUUUUACCAUUUUUGAUGAAUCUGCGUCUGAAACUGAGCUAACCAGGACUCUUUAGAUGGAAUCGAGCCCUUAAAUGAAGAGGUAAUUGUCAGUGGUUCAGACAAGGAGAAAACCCUAUUUGCAGACCCUGAGGAUUCUUGUGACUUUGUGAAAGCUGCUCAUUUGGCAUCAACACCUUUCCACAGAGA